UGUCCUGGCAUGGAACUCCCUCUUCCACAUGAGUGAUGCAGAAAGAUGUUGAGAACCCCAUCUGUGGCAACUGCUGGCAGCUUCCUACAGUGCCUGUAACUGUCUCUAGGCUCUGCUCUCUGGUAGCUGCUGCUCCCAUGUGACCUGCUGCUGUCCCAGCUGUGCUGGGUCAUCCUUUGGAGCCCCUGGAAGCCCCUCAUUCAGCUAGAAGAACAAUAACCCUCAUAGGAACAGACUUCCAAGAUAAGGCACCACUUCUGUGACCAAUACCCAUUCCGAUUGCUCCAGCUGAAGCAGUUGCUAAAUGUCUUGAAUUUCACCUCCGAUCUUCAAGGAAUUGAAGGAUGAAAUUUUAAAAGAAAAGUGAAAGAAUAAACAGGCAGAGGACAAGGAGAACAUUGAAGCUGGGAAGAUGACUUCUUGCAGCAACACCUGUGGGUCCAAGCAAGCCCAGGCUGACCCCGAGGGCGGGUACCAGCGCUAUGGAGUUCGGUCCUACCUGCAUCAGUUUUAUGAGGACUGCACUGCCUCCAUCUGGGAGUAUGAGGAUGAUUUCCAGAUCCAGAGAUCGCCUAACAGGUGGAGCUCAGUAUUCUGGAAGGUCGGACUCAUCUCAGGCACUGUCUUUGUGAUUCUCGGACUAACCGUCCUGGCAGUGGGCUUUCUUGUGCCCCCCAAAAUUGAAGCUUUUGGUGAAGCUGAUUUCAUGGUGGUUGACACACAUGCCGUGCAGUUCAACGGUGCCCUGGACACGUGCAAGCUAGCGGGGGCUGUGCUCUUCUGCAUUGGGGGCACAUCCAUGGCAGGGUGCCUGCUGAUGUCCGUGUUUGCCAAGAGCUAUUCCAAAGAAGAAAAGUUCCUUCAACAGAAGUUUAAAGAGCGCAUCGCAGACAUUAAAGCCCAUACCCAGCCCAUCACUAAAGCUCCAGGCCCAGGAGACACCAAGAUCCCAGUCACUUUGUCCAGAGUUCAGAAUGUGCAGCCUCUAUCAGCCACUUGAAACAUCUGCCACCUCAGGCCACCCCUCUCUGAUUCACAUGCAUCAUCAUUAAAAAAAAAAAAAAAAAAAAAAAAAAAAGGUAGCCAGUUUUUGAGGUGACAUGCAUUUGGCAGUGACCUAUCCCGAGAGCCAUGUGGGGCUGGCCACAGUGUCACACAGGCUUAGUUCAAGUGACAGUGAAUGUUAUGUGUCAAUCUGCACCCGCUUCUGAUUGGUUCCCCCAGCCCCUCUGGAGCUAAUUUCUCUGGUCUCUCUACAUUGUGCUCUUUUCUGUGCUAGUUGAAAGCACUGAGCAGACUAGACCAGCCCACUAGUCAUCAACGUGAUCCACUUCAUCUUCUAAUUGGUUUUUCUGAUCCUCCCAGGUAGUACUGUCUUCCAAGCCUGUCUCUGUGUGUGGAUCAUCAUCAUGUGUUCAUAGAAAUGCAGUGUCCUGAUUUUGAUCCAGAUGUUAGA